UUACACGCCUCCGUGAUGACGCGCCAGGAGAAAACAUGGCGACGAAGGGACUCCGUCAGCGUAACAGACGGGGGAGCAAACACGACGCCAGCACCGUGAACAGUCCGCCUGUCAGCGAACACCGUGCUGCAAAGGACGAGAAAAGCGUCGAGGACUUUAAACCCACCGAGUCGUGCAAUGAGUCCUCCAGUAGUAAGGGAGGUCAGGUUUGGGCUCCCGAGGGCUCGACUGCAUUCAAGUGCCUGGUGUCAGCCCGCUUCUGCGCCGCUUUGCUCAGCAACAUCUCAGACUGUGACGAGACCUUCAACUACUGGGAACCGACUCAUUACCUGCUGUAUGGGAAAGGGAUGCAGACAUGGGAAUAUUCCCCCGUCUACGCCAUUCGCUCCUACGCCUACCUGUGGCUGCACGCCCUUCCCGCGUGCUUUCAUGCUAAGAUACUUCAAACCAACAAGGUCCUCGUGUUUUACUUCCUCCGCUGUGUGCUGGCGUUCGCCUGUUGUGUGUGCGAACUCUACUUCUAUAAGGCGAUCUGUAAGAAGUUCGGCCUGCACGUCGCCCGGCUCAUGCUGGCCUUCCUGGUUCUAAGCGCAGGGAUGUUCUGCUCUUCUGCAGCUUUCCUGCCCAGUACCUUCUGCAUGUACAGUACGAUGGUCGCGAUGACUGGCUGGUUCCAAGGGCGACCGAGUCUGGCCAUACUGGGCAUAGCAGCUGGUGCCAUCGUCGGCUGGCCCUUCAGCGCUCUGCUCGGCUUUCCCGUUGCCUUUGACCUCCUCUUAGUGAAGAAGAAAUGGAAAAGUUUCAUCACAUGGACACUUGUGGCCCUGGUGCUCUUUCUGGUCCCAGUCGUCGUCGUGGACAGUUAUUACUACGGCAAGCUGGUGGUUGCACCACUAAAUAUAAUACUCUACAAUGUCUUCACUCCUCAUGGGCCUGAUCUUUAUGGUACUGAGCCUUGGCACUACUACUUUGUGAACGGGUUCCUCAACUUCAACAUUGUCUUUGUGCUGGCGCUGUUCUCACUUCCCCUGACCGCUCUCAUGGAGGGUCUGCUACAGCGGUUCAAUGUGCAGAACCUCGGCCGUCCCUAUUGGCUCACCCUGUCCCCCAUGUACAUCUGGAUGCUGAUUUUCUUUACCCGUCCCCACAAGGAGGAGCGCUUUCUGUUUCCCAUCUACCCCCUGAUCUGCCUGUGUGGCGCCGUGGCUCUUUCCUCUCUCCAGAAAUGCUACCACUUCAUGUUCCAGCGCUAUCGUUUGGAGCACUACACCAUCUCCUCCAACUGGCUGGCUCUUGCUUCCGUUCUUCUCUUUGGUGUGCUGUCUCUGUCCCGUUCGGUGGCUCUCUUCCGAGGGUAUCACGCUCCCCUGGAUCUGUAUCCCGAGUUCCACCGUAUCGCCAAAGACCCUUCGAUUCACGCGGUACCUGAGGGCCGGCCGGUGAGCGUGUGUGUUGGGAAAGAGUGGCAUCGCUUCCCCAGCAGCUUCCUCCUGCCCAACAACUGGCAGCUCCAAUUCAUCCAGUCAGAGUUCAGGGGUCAGCUGCCGAAGCCCUUCGCCUCAGGCCCGGAUGCUACACGUCUAAUCCCGACGGAUAUGAACGACCAGAAUCUGGAGGAGCCGUCUAGAUACGUGGAUUUGAAGCACUGCCACUAUCUGGUGGACCUGGCCACAGACAACGAAACUCCACGAGAGCCGAACUACGCCGCUAACAAAGACGAGUGGAGCAUUAUCACAGAAAAACCCUUCCUAGAUGCAUCAAAGUCAUCCAGGUUCUACAGGGCGUUCUUUGUUCCUUUCCUGUCAGACCAGUACACUAGUUACAGCAGAUACGUCAUCCUGAAACCCCGGCGAGCGAAACACAGCAGGAGACGAACGCAGCCCUGAUGCCUCAUCUAGCUUCCCCCUCAUCAUUACAUUCCUUUAUUUGCUUCAAACCUCUUCCUUUUUAUUUGCUUGAUAAAUAACCUCCCUCUGUUUCGUGCGUGUGUGUGUGUGUGUGUGCGUGCGUUCACGUGAUAUCAGCAUGAAGUCGUUAGUCAUUUUGCACACUGAUCAUCUCCUAUCAUUCCAUAUGACGUCCUUUUCAUGACCGAUCCCUCCGUGUUCCUUCAAAAACACACACCACCUGCUGUAACUUUCAGAGCAGAGGAUCCUUUGCUCAACAGCGCCUUUAAGGAUCUUUGGUUAUUUCCCAUGUGCACGUCUACAUAGUCUCGUCCUGGUCUAGGACAAUGAACUAAACUGAACUCGUCCCAGGUCUUGGGUAACCUACACAGAUGGUGCAGAGUGUACGUACACGGACUUGUGUGUCCUGUCUCUAAUCCAGCAGACCAAGAAACAGCAGCCCGAUGGUCCUCUGAUUGCUCUGAUGUCUGUGUCCGUGAUGUCAUGUCUCGUCCUGGAAAAGAGUCAUUUCAGUGUUCAGUGUGUGAUGGAGUCAAAUAAAGAACAUCUUGUUGA